AUUCUCGCCGCGAUGAUAUACAUGACGCCGAGACGCUUGAUUCGCGCGCUUGAUGCGGAGAACCACGCCAUCAUGUCACCACGUUGGACCACCAAAAUCUACGUUCUGAUCGACAUCGCCAGUUUUGCAUGCCAGAUGCUCGGAUCGGCAAUGCAGACGAGCGGUGACGAGGACGGAGUGAAGACAGGAAAUACAGUGGUGAUUGGAGGUCUAGCGUUCCAGCUCGUCGCCUUUACGUUCUUCAUCCUGAUGACAGCACUAUUUCAUCACAGGCUGAAUCAACAGCCCACGGCGACAUCGUUGCGCACACAUGUCAAGUGGAGGCGACAAGUGUGGUUGCUUUACACUGUCAGCAUGCUGGUUGUAGUCAGGUGUGUGUUUCGACUUGCUGAGUUCGUGGAAGGGCCUGAAGGGAAGGCGUAUAAGACCGAGGCGUAUCUUUACGUCUUCGAUGCGGUGCUGAUGUUUCUU